AACCAACGAGAAAGUCGUAACGAGAGAGCGUGGGGGAACGUUGUUGCCUCGAUACCGCCGUCCGAUCUAUCAGGGCACAGUUUACGACACAGAAUGGACGCACCAACAUCCGCGAAAGCUACGACCGAGCUGCUGAAACGACUGCUCGAGAUUCUCGAUGAAGAGGACGCGUUCGACCGUACCGGCGACAAGCCUGUCUUGGAGUUUGUUUAUCCGGAAGAGCUACAGAAACUGUUGCCGAUCGAACUGACCGAUGAACCGGCUAGCAAAGAAGAGAUCGAGACGGUAAUACGACAAACGAUUCGAUACUCGGUGAAGACGUUCAGUCCGCAUUUUCACAACCAGCUGUUCGCUGGUACCGAUGAGUAUGGCUUGGCUGGUUCUUGGUUGACCGACGUGCUUAACACCAGCCAAUACACGUACGAGGUAGCUCCAGUGUUCACCAUGAUGGAGCAACAAGUGAUAGAACAAUCUUUGAAAUUGGUUGGAUAUCCACCGUCGCCAGAAGGAGAUGGUAUUUUAUGCCCAGGCGGUAGUUUAUCAAAUAUGUACGGAAUGGUGAUGGCCAGAUACAAAAUGAUUCCAGAAGUAAAAACCAAAGGUCUCGCGAGCCUUCCACAAUUGGUCUGUUUCACCAGUGAGGCUGGCCACUAUUCAAUUACCAAAGGAGCCCACUGGUUGGGUCUGGGGACCGAUAAUGUCUAUAAGGUGAAAUGCGACGAAUUGGGACGAAUGCGGCCAGACGAGUUGAAGGCUGGGAUAGCAAAGGUCAGGAGGCGAGGACACUUACCUUUCUUCGUGAACGCCACCUGCGGCACCACGGUCCUCUGCUCGUUCGAUCCACUGCCGGAGAUCGCGGCCAUCUGCCGCGAGGAGAACCUAUGGUUACACGUUGACGCAUGUCUCGGUGGUACGAUGUUACUGUCGGAGAAAUAUCGGGAUCGAUUGAAGGGGAUCGAACUCUCGAAUUCCGUGGCGUGGAAUCCGCACAAGAUGCUCGGCGCGCCGCUUCAGUGCUCGCUGUUCUUGGUCAAGGGGAAAAACACCCUGCACGAGGCGAAUUGCGUUGGGGCGCGGUAUCUGUUUCAGCAGGACAAGCAUUACGACGUGUCCUGGGACACGGGUGACAAGAGUUUACAAUGUGGUAGGAAGGUUGACGGAACCAAAUUAUGGCUGAUGUGGAAGGCACGAGGGACCAAAGGUCUCCGCGAAUCCGUUGAAGUAGCCAUGUCCGCGAUCGAGUAUUUCUUCGAACGAAUCAAAGAACGAGAAGGGUUUCGCUUGGUGCUCCCCCGAUACGAAGGCUGCAACGUUUGCUUUUGGUACAUACCACCGAGCAUGCGAACUCAACAGGAGACUCAGGAAUGGUGGGACAAAUUGUACGAGAUCACGGCUAAGAUAAAAGGACGCAUGAUGCUGGAGGGUACGUUGAUGAUUGGCUACACGCCGCUGUCUUACUGCAAUCUCGGUAACUUCUUUCGUAUGGUGGUCACCUGUCAACCACCGCCGAGCAACGCUUCCAUGGAUUACGUGAUCGACAAGAUAGAGGAACUGGCGGCCGAUUUGUAAACAGACUGAUGUAUCUCGCUGUGGAGCGAGCAAAAGAGAAAGAAAGAAAGAAAGAAAGAAAGCUCGGGAGGAAAUGAAUUCGCUCGAGGAGGAGCCGAUUCUUGCGGGCGUUAUUGUUCGUUUUAUUGCAUGAUUCUAUGCCAUUCUGGGCGUCGCGAAAUGUUCGCUCGAUCGCGGAACGUCGCGUCGUCUGUUUGUACACUCGUUCGCAGCGCGUGACUCGUCGACCCAAAAAUUAGUGAAAUUAGUGGUCUACGGUUGAGUUUCGAAUUUCGAGAGUCUCACGAUCGUUUUUUUUUUUUUUUUUUGCUUUCUCUUCUUCUCGUUUUCUUCGACGCGCGUGACCGCGACUCAAUGUGAGCCAAUAGUGAAAAUAGCGCGAAUCAUAUCGAAUCUUCAUUCGUUCACGGUCUCUCUUUCAAGAUCUCUCUCUCUCUCUCUCACACACACACACGCCACACUCGCGCAUCCACACACGUUUAAUAGGUACACGUUACGUGCUCGUCCUUUGUCGAUUACUAAGCGAUGCACGCGUUCGACGUAACGAUGGCACUGAAUCGUUCGACGCGAAACUGAAAGCGAUCGUCUCUGUAAAUCUCUCAAAUAAACAAUUCUAUGAAUAUCA